GUCAUUCCUGGAACAGUAUACUGGAAAAAAGGUGCCUGACGAAUCAACAUUACGUACACAAAGGAUGGCCAAAAGACAAUUGGAAGUGUGUGUUGAUUCUCUAGACUCUGCAAUAGCAGCUGUUAAUGGGGGAGCUGAUCGUCUUGAACUGUGUGCUGCCCUCUCAGAAGGUGGCCUCACACCAUCACCUGGUCUUCUAUUUGCUGUCAGAAAACAUAUUAGCAAACUUGUAGAUGUGUUUUGCAUAGUACGUCCUAGAGCAGGUCCUAUGGUAUACUCAGAGGGUGAGGCAGAGAUUAUACUGCAUGAUGCAGCCACAUUAAAGAAAGCUGGAGCAGAUGGAUUAGUGUUUGGUGCACUGACUGUCAAUGGUACAAUUGACAGGAAACUUUGUAAAAGUUUUAGAGAGGUGGCAAGUGAUUUGCCCUGUACAUUUCAUAGAGCAUUUGACCUUCUUCAGGAUCCUCUUAGUGAACUUGAGACUGUUAUAGAACUGGGGUACCAAAGAAUAUUAACAAGUGGAGGAAAAGCAACUGCUUUAGAAGGGUGUGACACAUUGGCUCAACUAGUAACAGCAGCAAGAGGACGUAUUGUGAUCAUGGUGGGAGCAGGAGUAAAAUCAGAUAAUGUUGGAAACAUCAUAUCCCUUACAGGGGUUUCUCAGUGCCAUGCCUCAGCAAGAGUAUGCAGAGUUUUUGGCUCAGAAGAGACUAAUGGCGCCAAAAUGGGAAGUGAAAGUGACAACGUUCUUUGGGUAGCGUGUCAAGAUGAGGUGCGAGCCUUAAAGAAAGCAAUUGGAGAAAACUGACUUCUAUGUAUAGAGAGAUUUUUCAAGAUUAUUUUCAAGAAAGAUGUUAACCUGAUUGGUCCAUUGAAAAUAGAAUAGUAUAGAAAUCUGGUGACAGCAACACACAAAAGGGAACUUCAUUGGUCAACUUUGUAAAAACCAACUAUUAACUCUUAAGUAACAUUUCAUUGUAAGUUUUAUUGUGCUUACUGAUGGAGUAAUUUAACAAGAUUAAACUUCAGAUCACUAGCAAAAUUGUUUUUAUCUGCAAGCUAACAAUUAUUCCUAGCUUCAAUGAAGUGCAGCGGUUUUAACUAUAUUAAAGAAUGUAUUGCAAUUGAAUCAUCUAAUGUUCACUUUUCUUUCACAAAGAUAUGGCUUCUUAGGCUUUGUACAGUAUUUCUAAUAUGUCCCCCCCACUGCCUUUAUCAGGGUCAAAUGCCUGGAAGAUCAUUUGGCUCAUAACAAAACAGUUAAAUCACACUUUAUGGUGUGGGCUUUUUGUAGUGUAAACACUCACUUUGGCCUGAGUCAUAUGGGCUAAACUGGCUUUCUGGGUAAAAAUAACAAUGAUUUGAAUGCAAAAAAGUGUUAAAACUUCAAAAUUGUUUAUGAGUAUUCUUACUACACUUUGGUAUGAAUAUUAUUUUUCAGUAAAUAAAAUUAAAGUACU